AUGCAUCGUGCUAGGGAACGUGUAAUGAAUAUUGCUUUUGAAGAUAACGACGACGAAGAUAACGAAGAUGAGUUUAUCAUCUUCGCAAUCCGUCGUCCUAGAUGGAUUCGAGAAAGAGCUGAAGACUUCGACACUAUGGACGACACCGAUUUUGUUACCAGGUACAGAUUAAGCAAGCUAACAGUUCUGUCGAUGCUGGAGAAAAUAGAGGAUGCACUCGAAUUUGAAACUGAUAGGAAUAACUGUAUUUCUCCAAUAAAUCAGUUACUAUGUACUCUUCGCUAUUAUGCAACUGGGUGCUUCCAAACCACUGGGGGGGAUCUCUGUGGCUUUAGUUCCUCAACGAUGAAUAGAAUAGUACACAAGUUGGAAUUUUACCGAAGAGCCAAGUUCCCGAGAGUUGUUGGUGCCAUUGACUGCACUCAUAUUAAAUUAUGGCAAUCACCAGGUGGAGAUACUGCAGAGCGUUUUAGGAAUAGAAAAGGGUACUAUUCAUUGAAUGUCCAGGCAAUAUGUAAUGCAAAUCUGGAGGUUAUGGAUGUAGUUGCAAGGUAUGAUGGAAGCACUCAUGACUCAAGAAUUUUUCGAGAAAGUAAAAGAAGAGCUUUGUUCGAGCAAGGAGUGUAUGGAGAUGCACUAUUAGUAGGAAAUAGUGGCUACGCCUGCACUAGUUACAUGAUGACACCACUCCACGAAUGCCAUACACCAGCCGAACAAUUGUACAAUGAGUCGCAAAUCCGGACAAGGAAUCCAAUAGAAAGAUUCUUUGGUGUUUGGAAACGACGUUUUCCCAUCAUGGCUUUGGGGCUAAGAGUGAAACUUAAACGUGUUUUUCCUAUUAUCACUGCGACAUUAGUAUUAAAUAAUAUUGCCCGUAGAGCAGGAGAGGAAGUCCCUAGAGGACUUGAAAUUAUACUACCUGCUCCUUGGGAAGAAAUACUUGCCCAGGACGACAUCCCAAAUGAAUAUAUGGACAUACCAAACCCCACACAGCGUAGGUUAACACACCAAAAUCGUGAACGGCAGGUGUUAAUUGACAGUCAUUUUGAGAGAUUGGCUGCACAGGAUCAACAAUAA